AUGCAACAAGGAUACUCAGCACAUAUGCAAAGUGAUGAUCAUCCAUUAGAAGAACCAAUCUUUAGAGAUAAUCUCGACCCACCGAUGAACCCAACCCAUAUUCAACCAUUGUGGGAUCAACUACUUGAAU